AGCUUUACUUGGCCACAAUUCUUCACAAAGUGCAGAUACUGUUUCUCAAAAAUUUACGAAGGACGAAGAGAGCGAAAAGCCGUCUGCAGAUGAUCAACAGUGAACAGGAAAGGAUAAUUUUAAAUGGAGACUCCUCUUGUGAGAUUGUCAGAUGAGGAAAGCGAGACAGUUUACGAGCCAUCGGAAGAUUCGUUUCUUCUCAUAGAUGCACUGGAGGCUGAUUUGAAUUCUAUAGAGGUCAUCAUGCCAGGUAUUUGUUUAGAAAUCGGUAGCGGUUCUGGUGUCGUCAUCACUGCAUUAGCUAUGGCUCUUCAUGAUCGAUUUCCAUCGUACUUUAUGGCCUGCGAUAUAAAUCCCCAUGCUUGCAAAGUUACAAAAAGAACAAGCAGCACAAAUUCAACAAAAGUUGAUAUAAUCCAAAUGGAUUUAGUGACUAAUUUACUUCCGAGAAACUUGUUUGAUAUUAUCGUUUUCAAUCCUCCCUACGUUGUCACAGAACCUCUCGAAGUUUUUGACGAAAGAUUAAUUUCAAAAACCUGGGCGGGUGGACUGGAGGGUAGACAAGUAAUGGAAAGAUUAUUCGUGCACAUUCCAGAUUUGCUAUCAGAGAAGGGCAUUUUUUAUUUACUUGUGAUCAAAGAAAACGACCCAGAGUACAUUAUACAAAAUUUCAGGAAUUUGAGUAUGAUGGGUUCUAUUAUAGCUGAAAGAAAAAUCAGAGGCGAGCAUUUAUACGUAAUAAAAUUUGUUAAGAAUGAUGGACAGCUGUGAAAAAACGGAUUUUAAAAACUGUAAAAUUAUUGAUACUUGUGCAGUUAAAUUGUAUAUAUUGGAUUCUGUAACCGGGUGUCUACUCACCUGGAAAAUCUGGAAUUGUCAGGGAAUUUGUAUGUACCUGGAAAAACCUGGAGAUGUCAGAGAUUUUUUUUUCAAGUCAGUGGAUUUUUUCAAGAAAGAGCUUAAGUUUUUUAAAUCGCAUUAUGAAAGUAAAUCAAAAUACUUUUUCAUUUAUAAAUGGAUUUGCUUGUAAAUCAAUGUUUUUCAAUGCAAAUUUAAUUAUUCUAUUU